AUGUCGCAAUCUUUAUUCAGGAAAGGCUCGAAAGUCGAGAUCAGGGAGAGCGACGUUGAACUAAUUGCAUCCGCAUCGGCGACUGGAAGUCGAUCGCAUUUCCGCGAGUUCAUGGAGUCCUUCAAACGGGAUGGAGCAGUGACGGUCCCUAGCGAUCUGGAGUAUGAUGAGCUUACUGAGGAGGAAAAAGUACAAUGGGAUUUGGCUACUCAACCUUAUAAAAAGGUUUUAGAUCAGAGGCAUUUGACUAUGAUAGCCAUUGGGGGCACUUUGGGAACAGGUCUUUUCAUUGGACUUGGGUUAUCUUUGGCUUCUGGUCCUGGUUCGCUUUUGAUUGGCUUUAUGCUUGUUGGUAUAUCGAUGCUUUGUGUUGUUCAAUGUGGGGCAGAACUCUCUUGUCAGUAUCCCGUUUCAGGUUCUUAUGCACUUCAUGCCAGCAGGUUCAUUGACCCUUCAGUGGGAUUCAGCGUGGGUAUGAAUUAUCUUUUGAUGUGGCUCGUAUCCUUUCCUAGCGAACUGGUCGGUUGUUCCCUCACCUUAUCUUAUUGGAAUAACUCUGUCAAUCCAGCAGUGUGGGUCGCAAUUUUUUUUGUUUUUGUCAUGUUAUUGAACCUUUUUGGUGUGAGAGGAUUCGCCGAAACGGAAUUUUACAUGUCUAUAUUCAAGGUGAUAUCACUGUUUGUCUUCAUAAUUAUUGGGAUCGUCCUGAUAACAGGUGGCGGACCAGGAAAUACUGGCUACAUUGGCACAAAGUAUUGGCAAGAUCCCGGCUCUUUUGCCACACCAGCUUUCAAGAAUUUCUGUAACACCUUUGUUUCUGCAGCAUACUCUUUUAGCGGUACUGAAAUGGUGGUCCUCACCAGCACGGAAGUAAGAGAUAUUUCGUCUAUCUCUCGUGCGGCCAAAGGUACGUUCUGGAGAAUUGCUCUUUUUUACAUUGUAACUGUGGUAAUUAUCGGUUGCUUGGUUCCAUACAACGAUGAGAGAUUACUGAGCGGAGCGACCAGUGAAGAUAUAUCUGCGUCGCCCUUUGUGAUCGCUUUGAGUAAUACUGGAUCGAUGGGUAGCAAAGCUGCUAAUUUUAUGAAUGUGGUUAUUUUGGUGGCAGUGGUUUCCGUUUGCAACUGGUGUGUCUACGCUUCUUCGCGAUUGAUCCAAGGGCUAGCAACAGCAGGUCAACUACCAAGUAUAUGUGGUUAUAUGGACCGGAAUGGCAGACCCCUUGUUGGUAUCGCGAUAACUGGUGUGUUUGGUUUGUUGGGAUUUUUGGUCGCGUCGAAAGAUCAAAGUACUGUCUUUACCUGGCUGUUCGCUUUGUGUUCCAUCUCUUUCUUCACUACGUGGUUCUGUAUCUGUUUUUGCCAAAUUAGAUUUAGAAUGGCUAUGAAAGCACAGAAGAGGAGCGCUGAUGACAUUGUAUACAUAUCUCCACUUGGAAUUUACGGUGGUGUACUGGGAUGUGUGCUGAAUGUCCUACUAGUGGCCGGUGAGAUAUAUGUCUCCGCGUUUCCUGUUGGGCAGCCUAGUUCAGCUGAGAACUUUUUCCAGUACUGUAUGAGCAUUCCUAUAAUGAUUGUUGUUUAUCUUGGGCACAGAAUUUAUCGAAAAGAUUGGAGUCAUUGGUACAUUAAGGCAAAGGAUAUUGACCGUGAUAGUGGGUACACCUUGGCAGAAUUAGAUAAUAUCAAAAUGAGGAAAGAGAAGGAUAAGGCCCACAUUGCUUCUCGGCCCUUUUAUUAUAAAGUUUACAGGUUUUUUUGCUGA